AUGUUGCCAACACCGGAUACAUCGCACGUGUCAUUCGACACCAUCUACGAGCCAGCAGAAGACUCAUACCUCUUUCUGGACACACUAUCCUCGCCAUCAGAGUCAAAAUGGCUCACUGAGAGAUUUCAAAAAGCCAACCCAAUGCCUCUCGUGGUCGAAGCGGGCACAGGCUCCGGAGUGGUGCUAGCUUUUACUGCAGCUCAAUCGCAAGAGAUAUUUGGACGUCGAGAUAUUCUCACGCUAGGGACCGACGUGAACCGCAAUGCCUGCAUUGCAACCCGAGAGACAGUCUCAACAGCCAUCAAAGAACAGCAAGGAGUGCAAGAAAACCCUGCCGAUUCAAGACUGCACGCUGUUCACGCAUCAUCUAUAACUUCCGAUCUCUGCUCCGCGUUGCGCCCCAAUAGCGUCGACGUUCUUCUUUUCAACCCACCAUAUGUCCCCUCUGAGGAAUUACCCCGUCUCCCCUCCGCGGAGGAAAACGACCCCGUCACAGCAAAAGCUAUGUCGCGCUCCGCGAAGUUCGAGAAUGAUUCGUACUUUUUGUCGCUGACGUACGCCGGAGGCGCUGAUGGUAUGGAGACCACGAAUCGGUUAUUAGAUGAUAUUCCAGAUAUCCUGUCACCCCGAGGAGUCGCGUAUGUGCUACUUUGCAAGCAGAAUCGGCCCGACGAAGUGAUGGAUCGUGUUCGAAAUCAGGGUGGAUGGUGUGCUGAGAUUGCUGGUUCUAGUGGUAAGCAGGCUGGGUGGGAGAAGUUGGUCAUUGUUCGCAUAUGGCGACAAGAUCGCCCCCUGAAGGGCUGA